AUGGCUGGAUCUGCUCGCCGGGUACUUCGGUCGCCGGAGAUCACCCUAAUCCCUGCAAAACCUACUGGUCAGGUAAAUGGCAUGCCGGUCCCUUGCUCGCCUCCCGGUGGACAACCACCACCACCACUACAGUUUCCGACAGAAACAUUCAUGGGUCCCGGUCUCAGCACUACGGUUGGACACAAUUAUUCACAGGGAUUAUCAACAGCUGGGACAACAACAGCUACCACAACAGCUGUCAUUGGAGAAUCCACGGGUAGUGGAGCUGGUGGUUGUGUAUCUAUCGACUUCAAUUGCAGCAUUCAAUAUUCGCACAUGUUAAAUCGCGACGCGAAUACCCUGCAAAUCCUGAUCCAACGUCGGAAGAAGUACAAAAGCAAAACGAUGAACUUGGGAUACAAAACACUUGCCUAUUGCAAUGUGAAUUUGGCUCAGGUUCUACAACGGCGAAUUGAGAAUCGAUUUUUGGAACUGUACACCGAUCCUAAAUGCAGCACACAUCCAAUUGGUCGUGUGGAAGUUCAGUGCUUGUCCACUUCACCUAUUGAAAAGGAUCUAAUGAAUGGAAAACGAAAAGUGGUGGAUGAAGAUGAAGAUUUUCCCAUGCCAGAUAUGUAUAGUGAAGAAUCAGACCACGGUGAAGAGAGUGAUGAAGAUCAGCUUGCGGAAGCCGAGGAGACAGGACACAGUCGACAGAAAAAGUUGGUCAAGGCCAUGUCCGUCGGACUGAUUUCGUUGAAUGUGAAACUUUUUACGUUACAGCAAAAACAGAUCAAACAAAAACUGAUAGGAUUGUUGAAGAAGUUGAAAAUCGGUGAUCCAAGUGAGGAGGAUUUGGAUGUGGCCGAAACAUCUAAGCUUUGGGACGAAAUUGAUCUAAUUGCUACUGCAAGUGAUAUGGAAGAAGAGGACUCCGAGGCGGAUGGCACAGAUUCGAUAUCAAUUCACAGCACACCCAAACCAACAUUACGACCGUUUUUCGCUACCACGGGCAGUUCUGAUGAUACUCUUAGUGCAGACGCAGGAACCAAACUGUUGAAAAGGCUCCAACGGGAAUUAUUUGCCCGCGGUGAGGCGGAAGCCACAUCGGGUGCAUACUACUUGCGUUCUGUACUUCCGGAGACUUCACUCAACUCACGUUCAGCUAGAUUAUCUCGUGGUGCAAAAAAAGGAUCUGUCCAUAUGACAUGUGCCACCAAUGCCCCUGGCGUUGUAGGUGCAACGAGUUCCGCAUUUACUGCUGGUACUCCGGUUGGUACGUCUGUCCGGAACAGUUCUUCCGCGUUGCGACAUCAUCGAGGGAACGGGACAGGUGGAGCACCAUCAUCUAGUGGUCGACUAGCAAGCAGACUGGUGCAUAUGAGACGUCGGUCCAAUCUGGGGGAUUCAAGCAAACAGAACUCAGCCUCAGUAGAGGUGAAUAAACAGAACGAUUCUCGGCAUCCAUGCGUUAUUCCAGUUACUUCGGUCUCAUUGGAUGGGGUCGCCCCAAGAACUGGUAGCCCAACAAAUCAGGAUUCAUCGGACGAGAAAGGUGAAUCAAACGGCCUUCCUCUGGAGGGGUCUCUGGCGAUGACUUGCCAGAGUCCCCGUUCUUCCAUGCCCACAGAUUCGGCUUCACUUGCUGCUUCAUCCGUAGUAGAUGCUGCUUUCAGCACCGCAACCGGACAUAUGCUAUCUUCCGGUUUACCCUGUGUGCCACUCUCUGCAUCGCCCACAUUGACAUCCACCCCGGAAGCUAAUCGAACCCACACAUCGUACACUUCUCGUGCUUCGGACGGACGAGAAUUCUCUUUCGCUAAUCUGGACGACAUGCUAUCGGAAGUAAGUACUCAGGAAGCUUCCAUCUAG